AUGUUUCGUCAUCUAAAUUUUAGAACGACUUCUAAAUCCUUAGUAAUCGUUUUCGUGCUCUUUGUCGUGUCUUCGGCUCAUGCUGAAGAUCGGACUAGUAUUACAUCGUUUACUCCCAAGGAUGCUACAACAACUACCUCAAGCCAAGCAACUAAUUUUGGCCCCAGCACUUCCACCCAGGCCGAGGGAUAUGUGAAAAGAAAUAUAAAAGUGUCAGACUUAUCGGCCUCCAAUUCAGCGGCAGCAAAAAGUUACGAUCCUCCACCUGAAUUUUAUAGAGGGCCAGGUUCAACAAGCGAAACAUCUUCAUCUUCAAGUUCCCCUGCCGCCACAAAUGGCGCACCUUAUCAUAUUCGCGACAGCGCUACAGCCAGCUUCAUCUCCAAGCCUAUAACCUUCCCAGACCUCGCUGGACAUAAAAAAUACAACACUAAUAACCCCAGCCAACAGCUGGCGAAUUCCAUAAACAGCUGGCAGCUACUGCGAGGACACGGUGCGCAAGAUAGGAUUAGUGUGAAACCGUACGGCAACAGCGAGUCACAUGGAUUAACAACAGCUUACGCACCUGGCGGCGGCGCACACGUCAGCUACCCAGAAACGCGCCCAUACUCGAGUGGACACUACAUCGACUAUGGUCCGACACAUGCGGCUGGUCACUAUGGAGCCAGCGGACAUGGCGGUUACUAUGGUGGAGCCAACAGUGUUGAAGUCGGCGGCAUACCUUUCGAUGUGUACGGCGGUAAGGGCAGUGGUCACUAUGCGGGCGCGGGUGGUGAGUACUCAUACACGUAUCCAGAAGCGUCACAUGAAUCGGCAGCACACAAAGGACAUCACGAGCUGUCGCAAAAGGCUUUGCUAGCGAAGAGUUUCCUCAUACCGCUGGCCAGCGCUGCAGUCUUGGGCAUUGCAGCAGCCUUGGUCAGUAAUCCACUACUGCUGCAAUUGGGCACUGUAUCAGCGGCGCCAGUGGGCAGCACAAUAGCGGGUAAACGACGUCGGCGACGGGAUUUGGCAUCUUUGAAUGCAAUGAAAGCUGGAUUAGUGGCAAAUGACCAGGCGGAGAAUGCAGACAAAGAUGCUGGUGGCGCACACAUGGCUUAUCGUGCACAUCGUCGUCACCGUCGCAUGGCGCGCGUGUAG